AUGGUUCCACCGGAGGAUAGUGUGAUGAACAAAGGGAUAUUAAAAGAAUUGCAGAUGUCGGUAGAAUGCCCUGUACAUCCCGGUGCACAUCUGGUGGAGGAUCAUCGAGCUGGUGAUUUGAUCUGCCCUGAAUGUGGUUUAGUUGUGGGAGACAGACUGGUGGAUGUGGGCACAGAAUGGCGAUCAUUCAGUAACGAAAAGUCUGGCGCAGAUCCUUCACGUGUUGGCGCACCGGAGAAUCCACUUCUCGGAAGCGCUGAUUUGUCGACAUCUAUUGCUGUCGGUUUUGGCGGUUCCGAGAGUGAUUACAGCUUAGCAAAUGCACAACGCAAGAAUAUGAACAACAUGGAUCGACAGAUGUCGCAAGGCUUAAGUGUAAUUCGUGAGAUGAGUGCACGUAUUCACCUACCAAAAUCUAUUGAGGAUGGAGCGGCGAAGAUUUUCAAAGAUGUGUUGGAUAGUAAAGCAUUACGAGGUAAAAAUAAUGAAGCUCAAGCAGCGGCUUGUUUAUACAUAGCUUGCAGAAAAGAAGGUGUUCCACGUACAUUUAAAGAAAUCUGCGCUGCUUCUCGUGUUUCUAAAAAAGAAAUAGGAAGGUGCUUCAAAUUGAUCAUAAAGUCAUUGGAAACGAGUUUGGAACAGAUUACUAGUGCAGAUUUUAUGUCACGAUUCUGUGGUAAUUUGGGUUUGCCGCACAGUAUCCAGGCUGCAGCAACACGAAUUGCAAAAAAAGCUGUCGAACUGGAUUUGGUUGCUGGCCGUAGUCCGAUAUCUAUAGCUGCAGCAGCGAUAUAUAUGGCAAGCCAAGCGUCCAGCAAUAAAAAGACGGCUAAAGAAAUUGGUGAAAUUGCGGGUGCAGCUGAAGUGACGGUUAAACAAACAUAUAAACUUCUGUACCCUCGGGCAGGAGAACUGUUUCCGGAAGAUUUCAAAUUUACCACAGGAGUUGAGUCGCUUCCUCUGUCGUGA